CGUUUGCUGUUGAAAAUGAAAUUUUAAUGAAUUUCGUUUGUCCGAACGGCGACGCUUGUAAUUUCUUAUUGGAAAAUGAUUAAAUAUCAAUAACUCGACGGUUCAUAAAGAGUACUCAUGGGCAAUGCGCGGGGGUCUCUCGUGACUGCACACCGCUAUAACGAUGGAGACUGAAUCUGUGAGGUCCGAGAUAAGCGGCCGAUCCCGCCGUAGCUCGAGACAUAGACACAACACACAUCGGAGCACUCGGAGUACAAAAUCACAAAGAAAAGACUGUGUCGAUAACACAAUGGCACCAUUCCAAACUAGUGUUAAUAUAAAUCCUGAAGGUAGGGACGGUCAAGAAGUUAUCGAAGUACAAAUAUUACCACAAGAUGAAAAUUGGGGAGAAAAUACUACUGCUGUUACUGGAAAUACAUCAGAAGGAUCCCAAUCAAUGGAAGAUGUCAGUAACUGGCCUAUAGAGUCAGAUAACGGCUUAGGAUGUUCCAGAUAUUUUGGGACUACUGUGGCUUUAGGCCUAUGUUUUGUAUCUUUCGUAAGCCCACUAGCGAUGGUAGUGUUACCCAAAAUUGGAUUCUUUCCUGGUCUAACUGACAAUCAAGCCAUACAACCGAGUCAGAGAAUACAAUUGUUAGCCUGCACGGCGGAAUGCAAAGGCAUAUUACUAUCUUUAGCAUUUAAGUUAGUCUUACUAGCUAUUGGAGUGUGGGCUAUAUUCUUGAGGCCAAAAUAUGCUAUAUUUCCUAGAAUAUUUGUGUUCAGAGCGAUGAUGCUUGUGACUUUGGCAGUCUGUACUUUUUCCUAUUGGCUAUUUUAUUUCGUCCAAAUAACUGAAGCAACCAAAGCUCUAGCCGUGGGCGAAGAGGCGGUGGACUACAGUUCACUAGUGUCUUAUGUCUCAAGUUUUGCUGACAGCUUGUUAUUUGUACAUUAUGCAGCAAUUAUAUUGAUAGAGAUACGACAUCUGGAGCCAGUUUACUAUAUUAAGAUUGUAAGGAGCCCUGACGGAGAAAGUCGAUCAUAUGCUAUUGGGCAGCUCAGCAUACAACGAGCAGCGGUGUGGGUUCUACAGAAGUAUUACACGGAAUUCACUAUUUACAAUCCGUAUUUGGAGAAGAUACCAAUAUCAAAAUCUCAGAGAAAGGCCCAGUCGAGCAUAAAGUUUUAUGAAGUGGACUCCAACACUAAUGCAUCAUCUGGACAAGCACGUAGCGGCGGUUCAUGUUCGGGCAGCACGCGCCGUCGCGACUCGGGCUCCGCCCACAACGAGCGCUACUACGAGGAGGCGGAGCGCGAGCGGCGCGUGCGGAAGCGCCGCGCCCGCCUACACACCGCCGCUGAGGACGCGUUCGCGCACGUGCGAAGAGUGAGACUGUCGCAUGCUGGAGGUGGCGCGCUCGGUCCGCGCGAGGCGGCGCAGGCGGUGUUCCCGUCGCUGGCGCGCGCGUUACAGAAGUACCUGCGAGCCACCAGACAGCAGCCACGACACUCCGCAGACUCGGUGUUAGCCCACCUCGCCCGCUGUUUAUCUCAAGAUGCAUCGCCUCGAGCAUUCCUGGAGCCGUUCUUGAUCGAAGGCCCCGUGCUGGCAGCGGAACAGGAGGCCAGGCCAAUCCAGUGCUGGUCGCUGAUUUCAGACGAGUUGCUGGCUCGACCGCUGGCUGACAACAUUGAGUUCCAACUCCGCCAAGGAGACAUAUCACUCAUAUGCUCCAUAAAACAGUUGCCAAAAUUUAGCCUAUCCGAGGAGGUUGUUGAUCCCAAAAGCAACAGAUUCAUUUUAAGGCUCAAUUCUGAGACAUCCGUCUGACAGGAGGAAUACUAUGGUGAGGAUCAAAGGUUGGUAUGACAUUUAGGUAUAGUUUAGAUCGGGAGAAUCACAAUUGCAAAGUUUCAUUAGGAUUCGAAAAAUUGCUGCCCGCUCAUUGGUCAGCUUCCGGCGCGGCGCGCGUUUAUUGACUGUCGUUUAAAAUGUUUCGAAUUCAAAGGAAAUUACGCUUUGUGAAUCAGACCACCGAUUUGAUCUUUUAGUUGGGAAUAUUUAUUAUACUCAUUUGAGAUUAAUAUAGUUUUAGUGGUACAUAACCAGUAAUUUUUAUUACACCAGUGUAUUUUAUUAGUAUACCAGUGUUUAUUUAGAAUUUAAUAUAUACACAAACAUCUCCUUUAAAACAAGGCAGCUUUACUAUCACAAUACUAGCCUUAUUAUUAGCCACUUUGAAAAUACUAGACUGCAUUUAUACUUGUAUAUUGUAUUUUUUUGUAAAUUUUGUGUUAUAUUCGAAUGGUUUAUCUAUGUAAGUAGUUUAUUGAUAUUACGAGAUUUAAUUUUCUUAAAGAAUAUGAUAUCAAAUUAUAACAAGUAUCUGAGAGUAUGUAAAUAUAUUUCUGACUGUAAUUUGUGAAUCUCAAACACAUAAGAUAUUAUUUUAUACUAUUAUUUUAGGUAAAGAUUUUUGUAUAGUAUAAGCAUCAUAUCAUGAAUCAUGAUGUACUUAUAAGCUUCUUGAUAUUGCUUUACAAUUUGUUUUCCUUAAUUUAAACCGGCACGGAGUGGAACGGAAUGGAAGCGUUAAUUUCGCCUCACGCGGGAAUUCGCUGGAAUGCCCGAGCAUUCCCGCGUCAUGAAGACAUCCCAUACCACAUAGUUUGUAUUUUUUACUUGACUAAUUCGCGCCGCUUCCCGCGGAUUCCAGAGACGCGACGGCACCGGAGAAUCCUCGAGAAUUCCGCGGAAGUCGCGCGUCAAUUUUUAGACUCGCAUUUAAUUUGUGUGUGUACAGUUUCGUAGCAAAAAGUCGCUUCCGUUCCACUCCGCGGCGGUAUAAAUUGAGUCUUAGAUAUUGUACUGUAAUUUUCUUAGACUACAUUUGAAGAAUAAUAAGAGCCUUAAGAUAUUUAGAAUAUUUAAUCACACUUAUAUCAUAGUAAGUAGAAUAAUGUUUAGAUAUAAAAUAUAUUCAUGUUAUGACGCUAAAAAGCAUGAA